GACUUUACGGAAACUAGUACAUCAUUUGAGAUUGAUUCCUGCCUUUGUGAUUGCAUUCCAUCGCCUACACUCUCUUAUCAAAAAUAAAUGUAAUUCGUUUUGGGUUCGAGACGGAUAUUUUCUUCACACCUCAUGAUUUUGUAGCCUAUACUUGUGAGAGGGAGUAAAACGUUACUUGCAUAAUUUCCAGAGGACUGUUUUUACUGAUACGCAGGAAGAAAAGUUUUGUGUAGCUCGACAGCUAACGUUUGUGUUUUGUUACCUUUAUUUCAUCAAACAUAUGAAUUAAUUGCAACGUAAGGAGUUUAUUGUAUGAGUUUAUUAAAUUAAUAUUAGUUUAUCGUAAAUGUUGUCAAUCGUGUUGUGUCAUUAACUUCCUGAACGUAACUAGAGUUCAAGGCCCAGCCUUAACUGCUGAGGUUGCGACAGGGGCAGAUCGCUAGCUAACUACCAGUCAUGGCAGACUCGAGCAACAACUACCCGAAGACCCUCAAUUUUAAUGUGGGUGUACUUGGGCAUGUCGACAGCGGGAAGACGUCGCUUGCCAGGGCGCUCAGCAGCACAGCGUCCACGGCUGCCUUUGACAAGAACCCCCAGUCCCGAGAGAGAGGCAUCACCCUGGAUCUCGGCUUCUCCUCCUUCAACGUGGACCUCCCCGAGCAGCUGCGGGAGGACCCCGGGGGCCACGGCUACGACAACCUGCAGUUCACGCUGGUGGACUGUCCUGGACACGCGUCCCUCAUUCGUACCAUCAUUGGGGGGGCUCAAAUCAUAGACUUGAUGAUGCUGGUGGUAGACGUGGUGAAGGGGAUCCAGACCCAGACAGCAGAGUGUUUGCUGAUAGGAGAGCUGACCUGCCCCCGCAUGGUGGUCAUUCUCAACAAGACUGACCUGCUACCGCCCAACAAGAGACAGACCGCCAUCGACAAGAUGACCAAGAGACUGCACAAGACACUGGAGAACACCAGAUUUAAAGACUGUCCUGUGAUUGCCUUGUCAGCAAAGCCUGGGGGUCCUGAGGCCCCUGAAACAGAGGAGCCCUAUGGAGUGCCUGAGUUAAUAGAGUUGUUGAAGAGCCAGACGUACCUCCCUCACAGAGAUCCGGGGGGAGCUCUGCUGAUGGCUGUGGACCACUGCUUCUCCAUCCGUGGUCAGGGCACAGUCAUGACCGGAACCAUCCUACAGGGGGCGCUGGCUGUCAAUGACACUGUGGAGAUCCCUGCGCUCAAGGUGACCAAGAAAGUGAAGUCAGUUCAGAUGUUCCGGCGGCCGGUGGCCGGGGCCAUGCAGGGUGACCGGGUGGGCGUGUGUGUGACCCAGUUUGACCCUAAACUGCUAGAACGGGGGGUGGUGUGUACCCCUGGUUCCCUACACACCCUCCAUGCAGCCAUCAUCUCUGUCAGAAAGAUUGGCUACUUCAAGGGUUCCCUGGCCACCCGUGCCAAGUUCCACAUCACCGUGGGACAUGAGACUGUCAUGGCCAGGGUCACCUUCUUCGGUCUGCCCCCUGGAGAGACCCACCAGACCUCCACCACGGACCCACAGCUACCCACUUCAGACCUCCAUGCCUCUGAGCCAGACCUUAGACCCCUGGACACACCCUUCUCUUUUGACCGGGAGUACUUCCACCAGGAUGAGUAUGUGAUUGGCCAACGGGAGGCCGGCGGGGCGGGACAAGACCCGGAACAGUGGGCGCUGCUGGAGUUUGAGCAUCCGGUCACAUGUCCCACUCUCUGCCUGGUGAUUGGCUCCAAGCUGGAUACAGACAUUCACGCCAACGUGUGCCGACUGGCGUUCCAGGGGCGUCUGCUGGAGGGUUUUGAGGAGAAGAACUACUCUGAGACUACACUACUCAGACUACGUAUCUACAAGACCAAACACAAGGAGGGUCAGGUGGAGAGGGUGACAGACGACUACACUGUGAUUGGCCGAAAUCUCUUCAAGAAGGAGACCAACCUGCAGUUGUUUGUGGGGUUAAAGGUCACGCUGUCGACCGGCGAGGAGGGGGUCAUCGAGGGCGGCUUCGGACAGAGCGGGAAGUUUAAGAUCCGGGUGCCAGGACAAUGACCCAACACACCCUCCAGGCAGUGUGAGGGCUAUUUGACCAAGAAGGAGAGUGAUGGAGUGCUGCAUCAGAUGACCUGACCUCAACCCAAUUGAUAUAGUUUGGGAUAAAUUGGACCGUAGAGUGGAAAAGCAAUCAACAAUUGCUCAGCAUAUGUAGGAACUCCUUCAAGACUGUUGGGAAAAGCAUUCCAGGUGAAGAUGUUUGAGCAAAUUCCAAGUCUUUGUAAAGGUUUCAUCAAGGCAAAGGGUGGCUACUUUGAAGAAUCUAACAUCAAACAUAUAUUAUGAUUUGUUUAACAUGUUUUUGGUUAUUUCAGUUUUGAUGUCUUCACUAUUUUUCGACAAUGCAGAAAAUAGUAAAAAUAAAUAAAAACAUUGGACUGAGUAGAUGUCCAAACUUUUGACUGGUAAUGUAUACAUAUUUAAUUCCUCUGUCCUAUCCAAGAAACAAAUGAUAUGUGAAUACUUUUUUUUUAAAGGAGGGAAAUAUGACUUGUAUAAACUAACAACAAUUAUAAUUCUAAUUUGAAUUAUCUCUUUCUUUAUCUCUCUCUUUCUCUCUCUCUCUCUUCCCUAUUCCC